AUGGCUUCUUUUUGUGCGUAUCCCUCCACGGAAGCUCUUCUGCGCUCCGUCCGUAUGCCCAAAUUUCUACAGAAUUCUUCACCACCAAUUCAUUCUAUCAAAAUAACAAGCAAUAAGCAUUGUGGGCGUGUACGAAUCGUUCUGGGUUUUCAUAAAACGACGUCGUUAGUUAGAGGGUCUCAAGUUCUGGCGCUGGCACGUGAAAUAUCUGAGGAUGGCGGUGCAGAAGAAGACUCCCUUUUGAAUAAUCAUAAUGGUGGAUUUAGUUUAGUUUCUGAAGAGACUCUAUUUUCAUCUCAGGGUAAUACAGAUACCAACCAAAGUGCCGAAAAGAAAAUAGAAAGCACGUCAAAUAUGAAGCCACCGACACUCAUGCUGUCACAUGGAAGCACGACUGGGGGAGGUACAAGGGCUGGUCUUUUCAGAACCCCAAUAUCUGGGGGAGUACAAAGUGCAACUUCUGCUCACGGCUUGCCCAGGCCAGCCUUAGCGGUUCGAAACUUAAUGGAGCAGGCUAGGUUUGCUCACUUGUGUACCAUGAUGUCUCAAAUGCACCACCGGAGGAAUGGUUAUCCAUUUGGUUCACUCGUAGAUUUUGUUCAAGAUCCUAUGGGACAUCCAAUAUUUUCACUUUCACCAUUGGCCAUACACACCCGAAAUUUGAUAGCCAAUCCGAGGUGCACUGUAGUAGUACAGAUUCCAGGAUGGGAUAGCUUAUCAAAUGCAAGGGUAACAAUCUUUGGCGAUGUCUACCCCCUUCCAGAUGACCUGCAGGAAUGGGCUCAUAAACAGCACAUAGCAAAGCAUCAUCAAGGGCCUUCUCAACAGUGGGGAAACUUCUUCUACUUCAGGAUGCAGAAUAUAAGCGAUAUAUAUUUCAUUGGAGGCUUUGGAACUGUUGCUUGGAUUGAUGUUAAAGAAUAUGAAGCCAUUCAACCUGAUAAAAUUGCAGUCGACGGAGGUGAACACAAUCUCAAGGAACUUAAUGCAAUCUUUUCGAAGCCCUUGAAAGAGCUUUUAUCCAAGGAAGCUGAUGUAGACGAUGCUGCUCUUAUAUCGAUAGACAGCAAAGGGACUGAUAUUCGUGUCCGUCAAGGUGCACAGUAUAACGUACAAAGAAUUUCAUUUGAAGAUGUGCAUUCUGUUGAGACACUAGAAGAAGCUAAGAUAGCUCUUUCAACUCUAAUAGAUCGAGGCCGGGUUCACAAUUUGCAAAACUAA